UGCCAACCGACUUUCCAAGUUUACUUCGCUAAAUUUGGUGCAUUGGCCCUAGUAAGUAAUAAAACAUUUAAUAGUUUUUAUUGACAGAAAUAAAACUUACAACUGUUUGUCGAAAUUGUCGCAGUAGAGAAACGUCGACUGCACUAUUUUUCGACGGAGCACGCUGUCACACUCUUUUCGGCUUCACUGCUCGUCGAACAUGACGUCCAAGAGGCGCAACAACGGGCGCUCCAAGCACGGCCGCGGGCACGUAAAGCCCGUCCGGUGCACCAACUGUGCGCGCUGCGUGCCCAAAGACAAGGCGAUCAAGAAGUUCGUCAUCCGCAACAUCGUGGAGGCGGCCGCCGUGCGAGACAUCACGGUGGCCAGCGUGUACGAGUCGUACCCGCUGCCCAAGCUGUACGCCAAGCUUCACUACUGCGUCUCCUGCGCCAUUCACUCCAAGAUCGUGCGCAACAGGUCCAAGGAGGCACGCAAGGACCGCGCACCGCCCCCGAGGUUCCCCAGGGCCACGGCGGACCUGGCACGUGGGCCCAAUGCACCGCGUGUGGCUGUCAAAUAGUGUGUGAAUAAAAAAAAGUCUUGUUCACUUGCAAACUA